UUCAUAGCACUCAGGAUUUCAGAUGGUGUUCUUGGUCUAGCUGGAAUAAGAGCAACAGAAGCUUCAUGGUGUCACGGCACACGGGGAUCCAGCUGCCAAACAUGUUCAAAAACGGGCUGAAGAUCAUGGGGAUCACCCCUGACCUGUUCCCGGAAACAGCCCUGGUUCCAUCCCUGCCUACGAUAUCGUCGGCGCGUGCCAGCGCUGCCCCUCACAAGCACCGGAGGCGCAGCAGCGGAAGUGACAGCGCUGCCAGGCCCAGGCCGUUGCGCUCAGCCCCCAGGCCAGGCCCCAACGGAGGCAGCAUGGAGGUGGGCAUGCGUGUAGUGCGCGGCCUGGACUGGAAAUGGGGAAACCAGGAUGAAGGCGAGGGCCAUGUGGGCACUGUAGUGGAGAUCGGCCGGCAGGGUAGCACCACCACACCAGACAAGACUGUAGUGGUGCAGUGGGACAGCGGCACACGGACCAACUACCGCACCGGCUACCAGGGCUCUUACGACCUGCUGCUCUAUGAUAACGCCCAAAUCGGUGUGCGUCACUCGAACAUCAUCUGUGACAGCUGUAAGAAGCAUGGCAUCAUGGGAAUGCGAUGGAAGUGCAAGGUGUGCUUCGACUACGACCUGUGCACUCAGUGUUACAUGAACAACAAGCAUGACCUGAGCCACGCUUUCGAGCGUUACGAGACAGCGCACUCCCAGCCAGUGAGCUUGGCACCGAGGCAGAACCUCCCGCGGAUUAUCCUCAAAGGAAUCUUCCAAGGGGUUAAAGUGGUUCGUGGACCUGACUGGGACUGGGGAAAUCAAGACGGCGGGGAGGGUAAGGUUGGGAAGGUAGUGGACAUUCGUGGCUGGGACACAGAGUCUGGUCGAAGCGUGGCAAGUGUCACCUGGUCUAAUGGCACCACCAACGUCUACCGAAUGGGCCACAAGGGCAAGGUAGACCUCAAAUACGUGUCUGAUGGCCAAGGGGGCUUCUAUUACAAAGACCACCUACCAAAGCUGGGAGAGCAUGCAGAGCUGCAGCGCCAGGAGAGUGCUGACGGCCACUCCUUCCAGCAGGGUGACAAGGUCAAAUGUCUCUUGGAGGUGGACAUUCUGCGACAGAUGCAGGAGGGCCACGGAGGGUGGAACCCCAAAAUGGCUGAGUACAUUUGCCGGAUCGGAACUGUUCAUAGAAUCACUGACCGAGGAGACGUCAGAGUCCAGUACAGCAACAACAUCCGCUGGACUUUCCAUCCUGGAGCUCUCACCAAGGUGAACACAUUCGGGGUCGGCGAACUUGUAAGGGUAUUGGAGGACAUGGACAGUGUCAAGAGACUGCAGGCUGGCCAUGGAGAGUGGACAGACAGCAUGGCUCCUGUGCUUGGCCAGGUUGGGAAGGUGCUGAAAGUAUAUGCAGACGGAGACCUACGGGUGGCUUUCGGAGGCCAGACGUGGACGUUCAACCCAGCGUGCCUCUCGGCCCAGCCCGUGGAGGUGGACGCCAACCUCAUGACAGCCGAGAACCCCAACGAAUCAGGAAGUACUGUCAUCUCAGUGUUGGAGAAGCUCCUGUCUCAGGCUACAGAGCAGGACAAUCCCAGCCGGCUGGUCCUUGAGGCAGCACACGGCAGUGCCAACAAAGUGCGGGAGUUGGUGCAGAAGUAUCCUGACAAGGUGGAUAUCAAGAACCAGGGCAAGACUGCGCUGCAGGUGGCCGCACACCAGGGUCACAUGGAGGUGGUCAAGGCCCUGCUGCAAGCCAACAGCUCCAUCGAAGUCAAGGAUGAAGACGGAGACACAGCACUGCACUACACUGCUUUCGGUAAUCAGGCAGAGAUCGCACGGCUGCUGUUGAGCAAGGGGGCAAAUGUAAACCUUCUGAACAACUCAAUGUGCACGGCCCUCCACAUCGCUGUCAACAAGGGCUUCACUGACGUGGUGCGGGUUCUGACAGAACACUCAGCUGACGUCAAUCUCCAGGACUCCUAUGGGGACACACCGCUCCAUGACGCCAUUUCUAAAGAUUUCCGCAAUAUCAUUGAGAUCCUGGUCUUGGUGCCCAACAUUGACUUCACCCAGCAGAACCUCAGAGGAUUCAACCUGCUGCACCAUGCUGCCCUCAAAGGAAACAAACUGGCCACAGAGAAGAUCCUUGGCCGAGCACGGCAGCUGGUGGACGUUAAGAAGGACGACGGCUUCUCCGCUCUGCAUCUGGCCGCCCUCAACAACCAUCGCGAUGUUGCCGAGAUCCUCGUCAAGGAGGGACGCUGUGACAUCAACAUCCGUAACAACCGCAACCAGACGCCGCUGCAGCUGGCGGUGACGCAGGGCCACACCGAACUGGUGCAGCUGCUGGUGGGCGAGGGCGCCGACGUCAACAUGGAGGAUGAAGACGGUGACACGGCAAUGCAUGUGGCCCUCCUCCGCCCGCAGCUGGCCAAUGUUAUGCUCAGCCCCCCUGUGGGAACCAGCAGCACGGAAGAAAGCAGCGAGGGGUGUUCCACCACAUCGCUCUACUGCAGGCUGAAUGCUACGGGUCUUCUGGGGAAUACAGAGCUGAGUGUUGGCGCAGCUAUCGCUUGUUUUCUAGCGCAGGAAGGGGCUGACAUCAGCUACGCUAACCACAAGGGCAAGAGUCCUCUGGACCUGGCUGCAGACAGCUCCAUGCUGCAGCUCAUCAAGAGCUUCUCUGAGAAGCACAGGUUGCAGCGUCUGCAGGCCAUCACAAGUGGACAGGGCCUGAGCAGUGCAAGCCUGCGGCGUGUCCACACUACACCCAACACCAUGACCAACCUGGUCCUUCCUACACCGCCGGGGCCCAGUGAAUGCCUCAUCUGCUCUGAGCUGGCUCUGCUCGUGCUUUUCUGCCCCUGCCAGCACAGUGUUGCCUGUGAAGAGUGUGCCCAUCGAAUGAAGAAAUGCAUCAAAUGCCAAGUCACAAUCACCAAGAAAAUCCGACAAGACCAAACGGAGGUGGACUGCAGCCCCGGCAUCGAGAACUCGGAGCAGCACAACCUGCUGGAGCAGCUGCAGUCUCGCUACCGCCAGAUGGAGGAGCGAAUCACCUGCCCCAUCUGCAUCGACAACCACAUCAAGUUGGUCUUCCAGUGCGGACACGCCUCCUGCAUCGACUGCAGUGCCGCACUCAAGACCUGCCCGAUCUGCCGGCAGACCAUACGCGAGCGGAUCCAGUUGUUUGUCUGAGCUUCUCUCCUCUCAGCUCUUAACGACCCAAAGAGGAUGUUAGAGGGGGCUGGAGGGAAGGGAAGGUGGGAUGGGGGGGGUUAGGGGAUGGGAGAGGGCAGCUGUUACCUUUUUGAAGACCCAGUGACAAUAAUUAUUGCCGCCACCCUACAGUACAUCUGCCUGUCACACCCUCCUGCUUAUCCCCGCCCCCCCCCCCCGUGAUCGAAUACUCUGUCGGCCCAUAGGUUGCUUUACUGCAAGACGCUGUGUUACAUAAAUGAGAAUUUGUUACAUUUGUAGUAGGAACGUGUCAAUCACAUCCACUUAUUUUCAGCGUGAGCACCGACGUUCCUCCCAGCCCCACAGGAAGCAGAAAAAGGCUCAGUGAAGGCCAAGUUGUGAGGUGACACCACCACUUUGCAUACUCUGCUCAGUAAGCUGUAAGAAAAAGGUUACCCCCCACCUCUUUUGUCCUUCACUCCCACCCACCCUCCACCUCCUGUAAUCUGUCCUAUCUUUGCUGCUUUAAGUGGAUGUCUGUUACUCAUCAUCCUCUCUGGCUGUCUGGCCUCCUCUGUUUACAAGGCUGCACAGAAUCAGACCCAGUCCCCCCCCCAGCCUGUCCUGUUAGUUACGUUUGCUCUCAUUUGUAUCAGUCUCUUUAAUAAUCAGUGUUAGUCUCUGCAGAGGGAGUUGGUAUAACUAAAGGCUCUCUAUAUAGUCCCCAACCACUCGCCUGUAUGCAAGGGGGAAAUACACACUAUAUAUGCAUGAAUAUAUGCAUAUUGUAAAGCUGAAAAUGACUGUGUCGUCAUGGGUGAUUUGUUGUUGUCGUUGUUUUAUUACUUUCUGGUUACAUUUGUGGUUUUUAAUGUACCGAUAAGUACAGGUUUUUAUUUAUGUGUGAAAGGUGGUAUUACUUAGUAAUGUCCUUUUUUUCAGUUUGUGUUUGCUUGGAGAAAAAAAAGCUUUUGUUUCUACUGAAAUUCACCCCAAGCCUAUGUCCUCUACUCAGGGUAUCAAAUCAUUGAAAGCACUUGUGAUAUCCAUAAAAGGUUAAAGAGCCCCCGGUACCCCACCCCCCCACCCAUAGAACCCACCUACCACUUUAGAGCUGCAGAGUAUAAGAUCAUUUUUAUUAUGGGGUCAUUUUAUUGUGAAAGAAAUGUUAUAAAGUCGUACAGAAUGACUAAAGAUUGAAGAAGAACGAACGCUUUAUUUACCUUCAAAAUUUCAUUCUCAUGAGAGAAAUGAAUGUUUCAUUAAUUGCAGAUGAGUUUCUGCAACAAAACAGACAUUUUCCUCUUAAAAACAAAGCAAAAAACCUGUCCUUAAAUCAUCCCAGAAACACCAGUUAGCAUCGUUUCUGUUUAUUUUCAGACAGAGAGCAUGGUGCUGGUUUACUGUGUGUUUCUGAACAUUACAGACUGGUGUAGAGGUCACCAGCAAGCAACGAGGUCAGGGAUUACAGGAAGUUAUUUAUCCCACAGAUUUAUUGUAAGAUGUAGAAUCAGAAGGGCAAAAACAUGACGUUGCUGCGUUGCAUCUCUAUUUUCCUCAUCUACCUUCCCCAUUCAGUCAUUUCAGAUGGAAGCCCCUUCCCUCUCUCCUCUGGAGCUCUGGAUUGUACAUCAUCUUUUUUCCUUUCUAAUGUUUUGGUGUGUUUUCUUGAAGGGCUUAUGCAUAUGAGAAAAAAAAAAUCGUAUCUAUUUUAAUCUUAAUUUAAUUUUUAUUUUCUAUAAUAAACUUCCAGAGACAGGAGGUUUUUUUCUUUUAUUCUUCAUCCGAUCCCAAAUUUUGGGAGAGCCAAUGUUAAAUAUGUACAUUUGAAUGUCGGGGGUGAAAAAAAGGAUCCUGUCUCACUCUGCCUUUUUUAUGUGGAGAGUUUGUAAAGAAAAAAAAAAGAUGUAAGAGAAGGAGCUGAAGAGACUGAGACGUGUUUACCACAAGGUUUACUUUGGGGAAAGUACUUUUACAUCAGUGCCAAAUCGCAUGAGGAUGUGCAUGGGCAUGCACGCCCCAAUUUAUCUAGACGCACUAUGCUAAACCCCUCCAAGCUCAAGUGAGGGUUCAAUUAUUACAGCAGCGUGAAGGAACUAACGCUAAGAAGCAAACUUUAAAAGCUAAUAUAUUUGUUUAGUUCAAAAUCAGAAGUAUUAUCUCAGCACACUCAGUUACUGGUUUUAGAUGUCGAGCUAAUGGUGUUAGCCUCCUAACUUAAGCUGUAGUGCUCUGAAUCUCCUCAUGUUCUCAACAGCAAGUGAUACUAUGCUCACUUCCAAAAUGUUAACAGUCCCAUAUAGUUUGGAGCUUUUUACAAGUAUAUAUUUAUAUUUUGUGAGACAUUAUCAAUCAAGGGACACGUUUCUUACAGAAAUACAGAAACAUUUUAAGGAUUGUCCAUUGGUGUUCUAAGUUGGUAGGUUUACUGGCAAAUAUUGUAAUAUUGUUUUAGAAAAAAAAUUGGGGAAGAUGUUCGAGGGUUUUUUUUGUCUCCCCCUUGAGGAGGUUGCUGUGAGGGCGGGAAACAAUUUAUGUAUAAAAAACACUAUUAAAGCAGAAAAUGUUACUAUUGGUGUUUGUACAGUUCAGCUCUUGGAGUUCUGAUGUUGGCCUUACUGUCCAUUCCUCCUCUGUUGGUGUUUUUUCAGUUGUAUUCUGUACAAAAAUAUUUUGCAAUAAAUAUGGAACUGUUUUCUAAGGA